GAACAACUUGCACAUAUCAGGUCUGUCUACAGAGUAUGGCUGUUCGACUGUCUAUCUGAAAAAGAAGGAUAGCUCCGUGGCCAAAAAGACUCUGGUUAGCUUCAAGUUCACUCAAUUCCUAUUGUUCUGGCAGAUCAUUUUCUUCCAAGAUCUGACACCAUGUCUUUUCCUGGCGGUCUCUUUCAGCAGCGCACCACCAAACAGCUGGUGACCGGCGCAGCCCUGCUCAUUCUCACCGCGUUCUAUUCGCCUUUGACCGUUCUGACGCUGGCCCCUGUCUAUGGUACUCACGGUACCCAUGUGUUCCAUGCCUAUGGAGUUGCAAUCGUGGGAGCCAUGGGAUGGUUCAUGAAGGACCACAUCCAGCGACUGUCCGGCCGCAAGGCGGUCUAUUUCGUCCCUGUCGUUGCCUUCUGGAUUCCCACCAUCCAAACUUUCCUAUUCUCGUCAAGCUCUGUCCUAGGAAAUCCCGUUGGUCCCAUCUUCACCGAGAUUGCGGCCUAUUACCCAUUGGUCAUUCUCUCCGUCGCUUGCGCUGGCAAGCUGGUGCAGGCCGGCCUGGAUCUGGGCCGCCACGGUGAAGCCGUUGUGGAGCACGUCCCUCUCCUCUCCUCAUACGUGAUUUACAAGGUCGGCGAGAAAAUCGCCAAGAUCUUCCUGGCGAAGUUCAUCGGAUCGACUAUCCUUCUCAGUCGUGCUGGUUUGCAGCUCUUGUUGCCUAUCCUGUACUCUGUCGUCGUCCCCUCCAAAUUCCUUCUCUUUGCACUCCCCUCUCUGCUCCUCUCCGUUACCUCCAAUGUGCAUCUCAGUACGAAUACCCUGAACUCGUACUUGAACGAUGAGGGCUUCGCGCUCGUUGCCCGUCAGGACUCCAACACGGGAUACAUCUCGGUUCUCGAUAACCUGAACGAUGGCUUCCGGGUCAUGCGAUGCGACCACAGCUUGCUGGGAGGCCAGUGGACCAGGAUGCCGCGCGGUUAUAACCCUGCCACCUUGGACCCAAUCUAUGCAGUCUUUACCAUGCUCGAGGCCGUUCGCCUGGUUGAGACCGACCACGGUGAGGCCCGCGUGGACGCCAACAGCAAGGCGCUCGUCAUUGGUCUCGGUGUGGGAACCACUCCUUCCGCCCUGAUCGAGCACGGCAUUGAGACGACCAUCGUGGAAAUCGACCCCGUCGUGCACCAGUACGCAUUGGAAUACUUCCACCUCCCCUCCAACCACAUCGCCGUCAUCGAGGACGCCACCACCUUCGUGGAGCGAUCCCCCAAGGCUCAGUACGACUACAUCGUGCACGACGUCUUCACCGGAGGCGCCGAGCCCCUGGAGCUCUUCACCAUCGAAUUCAUCGAAAGACUAGCCUCCCUCCUGAAAGACGACGGAGUCAUCGCCCUGAACUACGCCGGCGACAUCACCCUCUACCCCGCCGCGCUCACCAUCCGCACCAUCCAAGCCGUCUUCCCCACGUGCCGCGUCUUCCGCGAAUCCUCCGACACAGACGACCUGACCGGCGACUUCACCAACAUGGUCAUCUUCUGCAAAAAGAGCGCCGCCACCCCGCUGCGCUUCCGCCAGCCCCUCGCCAAGGACUACCUGGGUAGCAAGUUCCGCGAGGACCACCUACUCCCCAAGCACGAGGUCGACCCCGCCCGCUUCGAGGUCAUCGAGCCCAACGGCCGCCGUCUGUUGACCUCCCGCGAGACACACCUGCUGCACAAGUACCAGGAUCGCUCUGCGCUAGAGCACUGGCAGAUCAUGCGCACGGUGCUGCCGGACCUCGUGUGGGAGUAUUGGUAGUGGAUUCCUGCUGCCGACAGAUAUAUUCAUAUAUUUUGCUGGGAUCUCUUCUCUCUCUGUCCCCGGCUUUUGGUGUUCUUGUUAUCACACUGUGUCAACAAAGUAUGUAUGGAUAGGUGCACUGGUGCUCUUACACGCAAGAAAAGUUUGGCUCAGUCGCGUGUAAUAAUAUUUUGAAAACUAGAUUUAUCUUAAUGGUUUGGAUUCUUUCUGG